AUCCGAAGAAGUGGAAUUAGGGCUGAGAGGGUAAAGAGUGGACUUCAAAAGGAAGGGACUAUCCCCUCCAACUUCAAGAAGUUUACAGUAAUGUUGGGGACCAGCUGUUUGGGUCCCCUCACCCUGGAUGUAGCCCGAGCCCAGCUGAGGGCUGGGAGGAAGAGACUAGAACGGCCAGGCUGCUCUAAGGGGAGCCUGGGGUGGGCAGCCAGCACGUUUCAUUCUCUUCUCACCCAAGGUGCCUCAUCACAGGGUGGAGAGAACCUGCAAAAAGCAACCUCAACUUUUUCCCGGACCAGAGAGAAUAAGCACAGGAUGCUGAGGGGUGGGAAUCCCACACUCAGAGAAGAUGAAGGUGCUCCUGAAGCUGUGGGCCCUGAUUGCACCAAAUCCAGGCAUUCAUGGGAAGAAAUCUACUUUGAGACUGUCUGCUUCAUCAAAAUUCAGCUAGUAAUAAAUCAAUAAAUCAGAAAAUCAAGUUAGUCUAGGUCAAUAGCUCUAUCCUUCUGACCCAAACCAUACCUGCAUUCGUUCCCUCUCAGUGUGGGAAUACAGCACACAUGAGCACACAGACACUUGUCUGGGGGAGCCAUUUAUCCCUGCAUCCUUCUCAGUGACUCUUAACUUAUGAGCCUUAUUCUCAGCACUUAGUAAAACCCCUGCCACUGUGAGGCACUACUGGGGACCUUUCAACAAGUCCCCCAAGGCCCAAGUCUCCUGGGGCCAUGAACUUUUGAAAAAAGCCAGCACCCACACUCUGGGAGGCAGUGGUCAAUUGCAGUGCAUUGCUUCCCUCUUUGCUUUAGUCUCCCUCCUUCCCUUGUCUUUCUUCCCCUCCUCAUCUUUCAUUUCUCUCUUCUUCCUUCAUCAGUUCCCCCUCCCUGUCCUAAGCCUUGGUGGUCCUCCAGCCCCACUGGGACACUGUAGAAUGGGGUCAGAAUACCAGCCCAAAGAAAGCAGGAGGGCAAGUUCUCUUGCGAGGACCCCUCGCCCACUGGCCUGCCUGCCUUCUCUGUCCCUCCCAGGCCUCCAGAGAUGGAUGUCACCCGCCUGCUCCUGGCCACCCUGCUGGUCUGCCUGUGCUUCCUCACUGCCUACAGCCACCUGGUACCUGAGGAAAAGCCCAGAGAUGACAGGAGACUGAUGAGCAACUGCUCCGUGAACCUGCUGGGUUCCCCAUGUGUCUAUAUUGUGGCACUGAACAAGAAAUCCAAAAACAUCAGCAGAAAAGAGGCAGAACAGGAGAAGAGAUUUUCCAAGAAACAGUCUCCGAUGAAGAAGGUGGCUCGACCCCGGCCCCCGCCGCCCACCCCCUGCGUAGCCACCCACAAGAGCUGCUGGCCACCGUCACCCGCCUGCUGCGACCCGUGCGCCUCCUGCCAGUGCCGCUUCUUCCGCAGCGCCUGCUCCUGCCGCGUGCUCAGCCGCACCUGCUGAGCGUCCUGCCUCCCGGCUCCCCGGGGACC